AUGGAGAACGAGCCCACCCCCAUCACCAACCUCCCUCUCGACGUCCUCCUGCUCAUCUUCCCCUACCUGGAUGUGAAGAGCUUCUUGGCGCUAUGCAGCACCUGCAAGGCACUGCACCAACCGUCAAUACGGCUCGAGCCCUCGUACUGGAGGACCGCCACCCGCAGCACCUUCCGCGUGCCCAACCAGCCCGUCGUCGAGAACGACGGCGCGCGAUGGCAGCAGAUGUACCGCCGCCUGCUCACCCAGACCCGGGUGUACACCUGGGGCAGCAACGGCCACACGAGACUGGGCCACAGCUACGCGGCGGAUGCCCACAGCCUGAUGGCUCCCCGCGUCGUCCGGCCGGGCCUACCGGGCCUGCCGGGUGGGCCACGGCGCCAGGACCGGGCUCCCGCUGGAGUCCCCACUGAGAUGGAAGAUACGCGAGAUCUGGGCGUUAUUGCCGACAUGCAGUGUGGGGGCUGGUCGACCACCCUUCUCACCUCGAAAGGCACCCUCCACACUGCCGGUGUCAUGGACGGGCAGAGGGUCCUUCGUUCGCCACAUCGACUGCAGAAGCUCACAUUCCCAGCCGAGACAGAGAAUGACGAGGCCGCCACCGCCAUCCGACACUUCUCAGCCGGACGGUCGCACAUCUUAGCCCUCUCGGACAGCGGCAGGAUAUGGUCGUGGAACGACGCGAACCAGCCCGCUGUGCACAUCACUUUCACAAGCCUGGACAUCAAGGAGGUUUCCCCCACCCGUGAGGACCAGCCGCCCUCCGGCUACGGCGUGGUGAAACAAGUUGUAGCUGGCUGGAGCAGGAGCUCCGCAUACCUGCAAGGUGUUGGCAUCGUGGUGUGGGACACAGCCGAGCGGGAGCCUCUGCGUGGAGACACCGAGACGAAUACUGGGCCCGCCUUGGAGCAUGGCGAGAUACCCAAGACCGGCUACAGGCGCGUGAAGGACGCAUCGGGGGAGUCGGAAUACGAAAAGGCGCUAGGGUCUGAGGUUGGGAGCGUGCUGAACUAUAUUAUUCUUGAGCACUUCAUUGUUUUCAAUACCGAUAUCGGCAAAGUCUUUUGUGGACGGUUUGGCGACGACAACAGCGUGGAGGCCGUCCUCGAGCUCCGGCAACUCCGCACCGAGAAGGUGUCGUCGUUUGACGUGCAAGGCUCGUUCCGCCGCUUCGCCGUCUUCGGCAACGACGAAGUCAUCACCGCCGACCAGGGCUACCUAGAGGCAUGCUGGGAAGCCCGGCACACCGAUCUCGAACAGGCUGAAGUUCAGGGACUCGAAAGGAUACCAGCCCUGCAGCACAAAGACAUCAUCCAAGUUGCCUUCGGCGAUUACCACUACCUGGCCCUGCACUCGAGCGGCAAAAUCACAUCCUACGGCAGCGAGAUGAACGCCUGCGGCGCCCUGGGCCUAGGGGAUGGUACCAGCGAGGGAGGAAACUCCCGGGGUGUCAGCUAUGACAGGUUCAACUUCGCACGCCAGGGCCACGUCCUGCCACAUGCCUACAAUUAUGGCCGCCAGGUGUGGUUCGAUGACAGGAAGAGGGACUGGCUCGACAACUUGGUGCACGGCCGCACAGACCCCGACGAGAGCGAGGAGCGCAGGGCCCUGUUCAAGAGCAACCGCAACGUCCAGGGCGAGGUGAGCGAGUGGAUCGAGCAGGAGAGCAGGGCGUGGGACCAGGAAGAGGAAAAGGACGGGCUGGGGGCGUAUUUCGCGCUGGGGGUUAGUGCUGCGGGGUGGCACUCUGGCGCCCUGGUCUUGGUGAAUGAGGAGCUGGUGGACAAGGAGCCCGCGCUCUUGACCGGCAACUUCAUCGGCGCUGGAGUCGACACCACGAUGAGCACCAUGCUGACAUUUGUCCUUGCCAUGUGCCUCAAUCCAGACGUCCAGCGCAAGGCCCAGGAGGAGAUCGACCGUGUCGUUGGGCACGACCGCUACCCGGACUGGCCUGAUGAAGGGAGCCUCCCGUACCUGGCGGCAAUUGUCAACGAGACACUGAGAUGGCGACCCGCCUUUGCCCUCGGCGGCCCUCCCCAUGCCCCGAUCGAGGAUGACGUCUUCAACGGCUUCCUCUUCCCUAAAGGAACAGCCAUCAUCGGUAAUCUGUAUGCAAUGUCACGGAGCCCGUGGGAGUAUCCUGAACCCGAAAGGUUCCGGCCAGAACGUUUCCUUGAUGACUUCAAGCGCCCAGCUUAUCCGAACACGAGGGGGCACAACACGUCCGGUUGGGGGAGGCGUGGAAACGAGGCCUCUCUCGGCCCGAAUGCGUACACUGUGUCUCAAGUCAAUAGGCCGCUGCCGUUCAAAGUGCGACUGUUACCGAGGUCGGAGAAGAUUGCCAACCUUGUCAAACAAGCGGGCGAGGAUGCGCUCUCAGAACUGCAAGCUUACCAAGCAGAGACCAAAGUCACAUUCGAGAGCGCGCAAGAAUACAUGUGGCAUGGUGGAGAUGAGGAGAUCGCAGAGUAG